GUCCGUCGUGCAAGACACUCUUUCUCCCCGUCUGCACACAUCAAGACAUGGCUGCUGCUAUCGCGCAAAAGGUUUCUCAGCUGGCGGGGACGAGCGGGAAGGCGAAGGUGCUCGCGCAGAGCGACGACGACGUCGUGGUGGUCGCGGCGGUGCGGUCUGCCAUCACCAAGGGCAAGAAGGGGGGCUUCAAGGACACGCGCCCUGAAGAGAUCCUCUCCGCCGUGCUCCGCGCCGCGUACACCAAAGUCGGCCUCGACCCCAAGCUGGUCGGGGACAUCUCAGUAGGGAAUGUGCUUCCCCCUGGAGGAGGCGCGACCGCGGCGCGCAUGGCCGCUCUGCACGCGGGUAUCCCCAACACGACACCUAUCAACACCGUCAACAGACAGUGCUCGUCGGGGCUGACCGCGAUCAGCCAAAUUGCGAACGAGAUCAAGGUCGGGCAAAUCGACAUCGGCAUCGGCGCGGGUGUGGAGUCGAUGACUUUCGGCUACGGCGGCGCCGCGAUGCCCGACGGCUGGUCCGAGGCCGUCCUCUCGAACAAAGAAGCCGAGGACUGCCUCAUCCCCAUGGGCAUCACGUCCGAGAACGUCGCGAAGGAGUUCGGCAUCUCGCGCGCCGUGCAGGACGCGUUCGCGGCCGCGUCGUUCCAGAAGGCCGCCGCCGCGCAGAAGGCGGGAAAGUUCAGGGCGGAGAUCGUGCCCGUCAAGGUCAAGUGGACGGACCCGAAGACGGAGCAGGAGAGGGAGAUCGUCGUCGACGCGGACGACGGCAUCCGGGACGGCGUCACGGCGGAGAGCCUGGCGAAGCUCAAGCCGUCAUUUUCCAAGGACGGCACUACGCAUGCAGGGAACGCAUCGCAGGUCUCCGACGGCGCUGCUGCAGUCCUCCUCGCCCGCCGCUCGGCAGCGAAGCGUCUCGGCCUCCCCAUUAUCGGGAAAUACGUCACCUCAGCCGUCGUCGGCGUGCCCCCGCGGAUCAUGGGCGUCGGCCCAGCCUUCGCCAUCCCCAAAUUGCUCGAGCAGACCGGCCUGAGCAAGGAUGACAUCGACUUCUACGAGAUCAACGAGGCCUUCGCGAGCCAGGCCGUGUUCUCGAUCCAGCACAUCGGGAUUCCCUUUGAGAAGGUGAACCCGAACGGCGGCGCGAUCGCGAUGGGCCACCCCCUGGGCUGCACUGGCUCAAGACAGGUCGCGACCGGUUAUAACAUCGCCAAGCAGACCGGUGCGAAGCUGUUCGUCACGAGUAUGUGUAUUGGCUCAGGGAUGGGUAUGGCUGCUCUCUUCGUGAACGAGCAAUGAGGAUCCGGAGCUGCGGGAGGUGGUUAGGUCUUCACCGUGUACAUAUUGUAUAUCUCAAUCUAUAAUCUCAGUUCUCGAAGCUGC